UCCGAUCCCUCCUACAAACAAUGAAUCCCGUUAUUUGGAAGUAAUCCAUAUUCAUUGUAGUUUGUAACACGUUUUCCGUUAUUCCGUUACGCCGCCGCCUUGAAGAGGAGCACUAAUUUUUUUUUUUUUUUAAAAAGGAGGAAAAAAAAAAACAUUAAACUCUGAAGUGCCAAACUCCCUUCCCCCUAUGUGGUUUGUGAUGACAAACACCACCUAUCUCACGUCAGUCUUUCUCUCUCCUCCUGUCUUCAGCUAUAAGUAUUGUCCAUAGCCAAAACCCACCAUUACAAUAAGUAAUACGUCUGCCUGAUUUCUUCUUCUCUUGUGAUGGGAGAUAACAAUGUUAACCUACCCCCUGGUUUCCGAUUUUACCCUACAGAUGAAGAGCUCGUGGUCCAUUUCCUUCAUCGUAAGGCCACUCUCUUACCUUGCCACCCGGAUGUCAUUCCCGAUCUUGAUCUUUAUCCAUAUGAUCCUUGGGAACUCGAUGGCAAAGCUUUGGCAGAGGGUAACAAGUGGUACUUCUAUAGCCGGAAGACGCAAAACAGAGCUACAAGUAACGGUUAUUGGAAAGCUGUGGGCAUGGAGGAUCCGGUCAACAACAGCGCCGGCAAGAAGGUGGGAAUGAAGAAAUAUUUGGUGUUUUACGUCGGAGAAGCUCCAUCCGGCAUCAAAACCAACUGGACAAUGCAAGAAUAUCGUCUCUCAGAUUCGGCUGCCUCUACCAGUAGUACUAGAUCAUCCAAAAGAAGAGGGCAUUCAAAAAUAGAUUAUAGUAACUGGGUAAUAUGCCGAGUGUAUGAGCGUGAUGAUCAAGAUCAUGACGACGGGACAGAGCUCUCGUGCUUGGACGAAGUUUUCUUGUCAUUGGAUGAUCUUGAUGAGAUUAGUUUGCCAAAUUAAGAUCCAAUAAAUGUGAUCCAAAGUAGUCCGUUUCAAGGCUUUUAUCCAUAUCAUGUAGAACCUCAUUGUUGCAAUUUAGUAAAUUGAUAUAUAGCUAAAAAUUCUAUUUGCA